CGUAGACACGCGGUAGACUCGUGUGGAAACGCCUCAAACUUAGUGUUACACGCCACUCUCACAAGCUUCCUUUAUUCUUCUCUGCAACUGCAACUCUCUCUUCACUAUUUAUAUAUUUGCCUCUCCUCUCUACACUUCUCCUAUCUCUCUCUUUCUGAAGUCGACGUAAAAUGGCGGGUAUGGGAGUAUAUUCAAGUCCAAAAAUGGAAUAUGUUGAAGGAGGUUGCUUCAGUUUUAUUAAUUCGUCGACUAGUCUAAAACUAUGGCCUAUGAUUGCGAGAAAAAACUUUCCAAUUUGGCGAAAAAGGGUACAAGUGACUUGUUCAUUGCCAAAUACAUUGUCUCCAUUAGGAUCAGAGGACAAUGCAACCUUAACUAGCAGUGAUUCCCUCGAGGAUGAGUUCAGCCACGUGACGAAAUUUGAAAUGUCUGAUUUUAAGAUACGGAAUCGUGUCAGCAUUGGCCUUGGUGGCAAGGGAGAUGAAAUAGUGUUUGAAGCAAUGGUGAAUGAUCCUCAUAGUCCAUUGUAUAAGACCAGAGUUGUACUUAGACAACUUCUUAGUGCUCGAGCAAAGCGGAGAGGACGUCGUGCAAUAGAGGUGUUGAAGAGACUGGCACGUCGUAAGCUCAUGUAUCAUUCGUACUCGAUGCAAGUGCAUGGGUAUAUCUGCUCAUCCAUGAUAGAUGAGAACAGUUCAUUCACCCUAGUCCAUGGGCAUCAUGGAAGUUCUUCAUUGAGACACUGGCUUCAACGAUCCGAUUGGCUUCCAACUCUGGAAGCUACUCUUUCUCUAGAUCAGGAGUCUGUUAGAAGGGUGGGGGAUGAUACUAUAGGAGGGCCAGCUAUUUCUCGACAAUUGCGACUAAUCCGAAUUCUAAUGAGGGAUCUCUUGAUUGGAGUGAACUAUGUACACAGCCAUGGCCUUGCUCAUACAGAGCUGAGGCUUGAAAAUUUGCACAUUAGCGCGGUGGAUAAACAUAUUAAAGUAGGUAUAUUGGGAAAUGCUGCUGACUUUAAUGAGGCUGAUCCUGCGGAUAACACAUCUGAUGACAAUAUGGAUAGGAGGAGAAUGAUGAUUGCAUUUGACAUGAGAUGUGUUGGAUUCAUCAUGGCAAAAAUGGUUUUGAGGGAACUCAUGGACCCAACGAUCUUUGCCAAGUUCAAAGCAUUCCUCACCAAGGGAAAUGAUCCCUCCUGUUUGCGCGAGUUUCUUGUGCAUGCUGUAAAAAGAAAUUCUUCAGCGGAAAAUUUUGGUUUACAAAUACUCGAUAGAAACUGGGGUGCUGGUUGGCAUUUGCUCUCAGUACUCCUUGCACCUAAACCUUUUGACAGGAUAAGUUGCUUAAAUGCUCUGAGGCACCCCUUCUUGUGUGGACCAAAAUGGCGUGUGAAUCCAUCAGUUGAUCUAAUCAGAUGGAGUCUUGGCUCAACCACUGUUCGAAUUGCAGAGGAAUACAUUUAUGGGCAGCAGCAGCGAAGUAGGCUUGCUCAUUUCAUUGAACUAAUGGAGAUGCUAAAUCCUUAUCCAAAGCCAAAGCAUUGGCUGGGAUUGCUUCCUGGAAAGUGGCGCCUGUUAUACUGUACUGGUAGACAUAUAGGAUUGACCCUUCGACAGCCUUCUGUUAGAGCACUCAUUGGGGAAGCAUACCUAACGAUAUCUAAAGUAUCAAAACCUAACACAACAUUUUCAGCUGCCUCGCAUAUUAGCUUCACUGUUAUGGCUGGUAGGGACUGGGCUCAUGACAAGUCUGGUGUAGGUGGAAAAUUGCAAGUUAAUUCAUUUUCCAGAUUGAGAGCUGGGAGACGGUUAUAUCUUAAGGAGGAAACUACCACCUCGACAUCUCCCUCAGCUACACCAGAUGCUCAAGCUUCCGUCCUGAAAAGGUUAUCCAGUAAGAAAUGGAGGAAAGCCAUCCCGAUAAACGAAGUCCCUUCAAGCCUUUCUGUAGCUAAGCUUGUGUCAAGUGAAAUCGACGUGAUGAUGAGUCUUAAUGAACCACUGAGUGGAAACAUGGAAGUUGCACAGAAAGCACUUCAAGAAGUACGCACUCAAAUACCUCCUGAAAUGUUUGAUCUGUCAAAAAUCGUUUGCGGAACAUAUUUAGAUUCAAGAUUGCUUGUGCUUCGAAGUGUAAAUGGAUCUGCCCUCGUUUUUACUAGAUGUACAAAUGACAGUUGAUUGUGACUAAAAAAAAUUAUUCAUCCA